AUGACUCUUCUAGACAAGGCUUACGAGCUAGGUGAGAGAUUUUGGGACACAGCCGAUGUCUAUGGGGAUUCUGAGGAAUUUAACGGCCGGUGGUUCGCCAAGAAUCCCGAGAAGCGCAAGGACGCGAUGAGCGAGCUCACGGAAGAAGACAAGAUCGGGUAUCUGGGCUUGAGCGAGGUUAGCGCCGAGACGCUUCGCCGCGCGCACAAAAUUCACCCCAUAACUGCCAUGCAGAUGGAUUAUUCGCCUUUCGCUCUCGAAAUCGAGUCGCCGCAGUUCAAGAUGCUCGAGAGCGCGGUCUCCUCUCCAGUGCCGCUCGUCCACGCGCCGAACUUCGACUCAGACGACACUCGGGCGCAUUUGCCGCGCUUUAGUGAAGAGAAUUUUCCCAAAAACCUCGAGCUCGUCGAUAUCAUCAUGGAGAUUGCAAAGAAGAAGGGAGUGACGCCGUCGCAGCUCACACUGAGUUGGCUUCUUGCGCGGGGCAACAACAUCUUCCCGAACCCGGGCACCACGCAGCUGGCUCGGCUGGAGGAGAACAUGGCUGGUUUAGAUAUUGGGUUGAAACAAGAUGAGAUCAGAAAACUGAGGGAUGCAUGCGAGAACGCGGAUGUCAGAGGUGCAAGAUAUGCGGAGGGAACUAUGACUACUUUUGCAGAUACUCCGGCUCUGUAG